AUGGAGCCACACUUCUCAGAUCCUUCUGUGCUGUGUCGCCACAGCCGUCUGUGUAAUGACUAUGCCAGCCUGGCACACAACUGCUCUGCCACAGUGUUGAAUUUCACAGAGUGUCCUGAGGGGUGGCUUCAUGUAGAUGAAAAAUGUUACUCCUUCAGUAAUGACAAGAUGGACUGGCCGAGCAGCAGAGACAAUUGUACUUCCCUGGGCAGCCACCUUACCAUCCUGCACAGCAAGAAACAGCAUGAAGCCCUGGGAAAAGAGGUCAGUAGGAUUGGUGGGUUUAAUACCUACUUCUGGAUCGGCUUAUCAGACAGAGAGAUAGAGGGGGACUGGAGAUGGGUGGACAACACAACGCUCACAAACAAGUUCUGGAACCAUUGGAGCUCGGAGCCUGAUAACAACCUCUCCGGUGGGGUUGAAGGUGAGGACUGUGUGGUCCUGGAGAGUAACACUCAGACCUGGUCCGACGUGCCCUGUGUCUUCACCUACCACCGCAUCUGUCAAAUGGAUGCUACCCCCAUUACCUGCCAUUGAAUCAGCGGGUGAAAGACACCACUGACCAUGAAAUAAGCUUAGAGUGGCAGGGAUUCAAUACAAGGCGCAUUGUAGGGAAGCGCGUUGCACUGUUGACAAUGUGCCUUUUAAAGGCAAUUUUCCCGACGUUUGCGGAGAUCGAAUUCAGUGUAAACGCAGCAGUAAUCAAGUGUAAAUUCCCUUCAAAAGUCAAAGGCAAUGCACAUUUCUACAACGUGCAUUGUAUUGAAUCCCAGUUACAGUAUGUAUAAUUAGCCAAAACAAAUUAAUAAGUGCCAGUUGGUAUCGACUUGUGUUGGUGUCUGUCUACCCACCACUGAAGGUAUUUCAAUAAAGCUAUCAAUCAGUCA